CGCAACUGUUGAAGCUGCACCUUCCACAAAAGUAGAGGCAAGUAGAGGCUUAAAGUUCAGUUCUGAACUGGCUUUGUUCAAACAUGUACUCAGUUCUAUGCUUUGUCUUUUGUGUCUUGCUAUCACUGAAUGGAAUGUCAAAAACAAAUCAUUUAGAAAUUCCAGACACUUCUAUUGAAAUUCCUGCAGAAACUCGCCCUGUUCUUCAAGCUGCAAGUGUGGCCAUUCAUUACUUAAACUACCAUCAUGGAUCGCCAUACAAACUUUAUCAGCUACACAAGGCGAAGAAAACGCAUCAUGAGGUGAUUUUCAAUCUUGGAAACAAGUAUCAUCUUGAAUUUGAAGUGAAAAAUGAAGACUCCUCAAAUGUCACUGAAAUCUGCACAGCAAAUGUAUCCUUUUACAACGAAAAAAAUCCAGACAUAACUCUAAAGUGCAAUUUAAGAGACCUCAAGGAAGACAGCAAAAAAGAUGAAGUAUUUUACCUCAAUAUGAGAAAACGGAAGGACCCUGUGAUUGGCUACAAUAUCCCUGAUAAUUUUGGAUUUAUAGACCCUGAAAUGAUGCCAAUCUGGCGACUGUCACAAGUUAGUGCCAGCUAUAUCAUGUGGCAAAAAUCCACUGAAAUUAAGAGGUAUAACAUGCUUCAAAUACGGAAAAUUAACCAAUGGCUCAGGACAGGCAAAUUUCUUCAAUUUACCUUCACAGUUCUUCUCCAUGAGAUCCCAACCCAGGAAAUAAUUACAUGCAAUAUGUGGGUGAUGUGGAAGCCUAAACAUUCACCGACUGUGAAAUACACUUGCUUACCCCCUCCUUCUGAAAGUUCUUCUGAAGCAUCAGAAUUUGGAAGGCCGGAGGGGACUGGGUCCCAAAGGCCGGAAGGGACCGGGUCGCAAAGGCCAGAGGGGACCGGAUCGCAAAGGCCAGAGGGGACCGGAUCGCAAAGGCCAGAGGGGACCGGAUCGCAAAGACGUUAAGAGUCAACUACGAGAAAGUUCUCUAUGAACUGAUUACUAACCAUUCUGAUGGGACACUAUGCACUUACUUAAAAAGUAUAUUUUCCAUUGUACUGGCAGCACAAAAAACAAGACUAAGAACAUUAUUAAAGUGGUAUCUAAAAUAG